ACGACCAUCUCCAUUACUUCUCCAUAACCUAUCAAGAAACAAAAACAAGAUAAGAUCUCUUCUGAUUCAACACUCCAAGAAAUUCAAGAAUCCAACUCGUUUAGAUUCUUUCUUAGCUCAAGAAUGAAACUGAUUGAGAAGACGAUGAACAAGAACAAGUUUAUGACUAUGGAGGAGGAGGAGAAGCAAGACGGUGGUGAGGGUUUCCAUACCAUCGAGGUAGCUAAAGUUGACCGGAACAACGUGUCUCCGCCGCCGCCGGCUACUGCUGCACCACUGCUAGAAGUUUCCGGCGACUUACUUAACCUGAUUCCACCGUUGAACUUUGCGAUGGUCGAUAAUGGUAUAUUCCGGUCUGGAUUCCCGGACUUAGCGAACUUCUCCUUCAUCAAGACUCUUGGCCUUCGCUCAAUCAUAUCUUUGUGUCCAGAGCCAUAUCCUGAGAACAACAUGCAGUUCCUCAAAUCCAAUGGAAUUAGUCUUUUUCAGUUUGGCAUUGAAGGCUCCAAGUCCAAGUGUCUCCCCGGGUUAGAGAACGAGGUUUGGUUGCAUAUUUGGAGUUCUAAGCAUCAGAAAGAGGGUUCCUAUACAAAUGGAAAUUCGAAAACUUCGGGGCCAUUAGUAGAUAUCCUAGAUCAUAAAAUCCGUGAAGCACUCAAAGUCCUUCUCGAUGAAAAGAACCAUCCACUUUUGAUUCAUUGCAAACGAGGCAAGCACAGAACCGGGUGUCUAGUUGGGUGCAUGAGGAAACUCCAGAAAUGGUGCAUAACAUCGAUAUUCGACGAGUACCAACGAUUUGCAGCGGCUAAAGCUAGAGUUUCGGAUCAAAGGUUCAUGGAGUCAUUCGAUGUAUCAGGCUUGAAGCACAUUCCAAUGUCUUUCUCUUGCUCCAAUAGGUAAAAUGAAAACGAGAUAAAGAAGAGGUUUGAUC